AAAUGUAAAUCCGUGAUAAAAUGGCGUCCGCCACGUCUUCGCCGUUUGAUGCGAUGGGCGUGCAAAAUUUAACCGAUAUUUCCGACAUUCAGGAGGCUUUUGAACAACUUUGUGUAGAGGAGCAAGCUAUUACCGACGAUGUUGAUGGCUUGUUGGAAAAGCAAACAAACCUAGAGGCCAAGAUGAACAGCUUACAGCGACUAGGGCAAAACCUGCAGCUAGUUCAUACCGACGCCAAGCAGCUGGGAAGCAUGAUCUCCUUCACCUCGGACCUGGCUGAGAACGUCAGUGGGAAAGUCAGGGAACUUGACGUUGCAAAAAAUAGAGUUCAAAUCGCAAUACAGAGAGUGAAUGACAUUCUGGAUCUCAAGUUUUGUACAGAUGGGGUCCAAACUGCCCUCCAGUCUGAGAACUAUGAGAAGGCGGCGGGCCAUAUACACAGGUAUCUGAGCUUGGAUGAGAAGGUGCUGAAGCAAGUCAUCGCUGAUAAUAAAGAAGGUGGUGGAAUUGACCUGUCAAUCAGCCACCUCCACGAAGCCGAGCAGAACCUGAAGGCUCUCGUCAGGGAGAAGUUUGACUCAGCAAUCCAGAGCAGAGACAGGGGAUCCGUGGAGAGGUUCUUCAAGAUCUUCCCACUCCUAGGGCUUCAUGACGAGGGACUUGAGAAAUUCUCAACUUAUCUCAGGACGCAGGUGGCUAAUAAAGCCAAGGAGAAUCUUGCCCUGUCCCUAAGCAAGGACAGCUCGGAUCGACGAGCCAGCGUCAUCUAUGCCGACACCAUCACUAUGCUGUUUGAAGAUAUCGGCAAGUGUGUGGAGAUACAUCAACCACUGGUGGAGACUUUCUACGGUCCAGGUAGAUUGUUCACCCUCAUGCAGUCGCUACAGCAAGAGUGUGACGUUCAGGCCAAGAAGAUCGUGGAGAGCUUCGUCCGUAACCGAGACUUUGACACCAGGGCGCAGCAGGUCCAACAGAGCUUACGAGGCUACAAAUCAUCAAACCCCAACGACAAACUGGAUCCACGGGACCUAGACGUCAUGCUAGCAGAAUGUACAUUACUGAAUACGAGGACAGAGCUGUAUCUGAGAUUCGUCAAGAGGAGAAUACUGAGUGAUAUCGAAGUCUUGGACGAAGACGUCGCGACGAAGCAAGCCCGCCAAGGGGAACUGGACAGGUUCCUGAUGAACUGCCAACUCAGUCGACACAUGCAGGAACUGAUUGGCAACUACAUCAUGAUGGAAGAAUACUUCAUGCAUGAGACAGUUACAAAGGCGGUGAGUUUAGACAGCCUCGAGUCUGGCUCCCACACAUCCAGCAUGGUUGAUGAUAUCUUCUUCAUUGUCAAGAAAUGUACAAGGAGAGCUAUUUCCAGCGGUAGCACCGACUGUGCCUGUGCAAUGCUCAAUCACACCAGCUCCCUCUUAGAGGGUUCGUAUCGAGACGUCUUGUACAGCAAGCUCCGAGCCGGUUACCCGUCAGGUUCGUUCGACGUCAGUCAAGCCUACAACAUGCUGCAGCAAGGCAGGUUUGCUACGUCCACGACGGAUACCAACGCCGCUAAACUAGAAUUCCUGACGACAUUAAACAACAUUGAGGUCAGCAUUGAUUUCACGCAAGCCCUCAAGAAGAGUCUAGGAGACGAGUGUGCCUCCAGGAAUCAACACCUAGGGGACAAGGAGAGAGAAAAGCUAGAAAGCUGUCUGGGUGACCUAGGGAACGUCACACACAAAUUCAAGGACGUUCUAGAGUACGGCCUGAGUCAGUUAAGCACCAGUGCCAUCAAACCACGCCUCAAGCCGUGGGUCGAUAACUUCCUCUCCACAAGUCACAACAUCUCGGAGGAGGAGUUCUCCAACUACGAAGCCAACGAUCCGUUUGUCCAGACAUUCAUCAUCAACCUGGAACAGCUCCUAAAGGAAUUCAAGGAGUUGCUCACCCCGGCAAAUUACGACGCUCUCAUCGGAUUACUCACGAGCGAGGUCACAACUCAGCUUGAGAAGACGGUGCUCAAGUCAGUCUUCAACAGACUUGGUGGUUUGCAGUAUGACAAGGAACUACGUUCCUUAGUCGGUUACCUAACCUCAGUCACACAGUGGACCAUCAGAGACAAGUUUGCCAGGCUCACCCAGAUGGCUACCAUCUUGAACCUUGAGAGAGUUUCAGAAAUCUUAGACUACUGGGGCUCCAACUCAGGACCUUUGACCUGGAGAUUGACCCCAGCAGAGGUCAGACAGGUGUUGUCCCUUAGAAUCGACUUUCGGACUGAGGACAUCAAGAGGUUAAAACUCUGAAACAGUCCUUGCCGGUAAACGUCUCCACCUGUAAUUCAAAAUGGCCGCUUCCAGGGAAUUCCACUGCGUAACAGACAAGGCAAUGCAGCAUUCCGAUUGGCCCAAAGUCACAUGACAUAUCACAUGACACAUCACAUGGGUCUUACUGUCAGUUAGGUGUCUUUAUUCCCAUGCAUGCUUUCAUCGAUUAUAUUUUUCAAUUUUACAAUGUCACAUUGUUUUGUUUGUUAGUUCGGUGAUGCUUAUAAUAUUUUGCACAGUCGAGGGGUAUUCCAGAAAGAUUAGAGGGUAAUAACUACCCCAGGACCAGACUGGGACCGUAACUGCAUACUGAUGUUUUUUAAUCACCAUUUGGCUAUUAAACUAACACUCACACAAGGUGUACCUCAAAAUGCUGUAGUUACAAGCAUGUCUCCUGCGAAAUUUGAGAUCUUAAAUCCAAUUUGUAAGCAAAUAAUGGCAGUUUGUAGUUCACCCACCUGGUUCUGGAAAGGUUCGUGUGCUCCGCAAGUAUUCCGGGUCAAAUAUAUGUUUGGACUUCGGUAACUCUCUGAAAAAAAUUACAAUUGACAACUAAAAUGUUGAUGGUGCAAUGCUCACAACGACAACAACUUAGCAACCCAGAAGUUUCAAGGAACUUUAAGCAAACUGUAGUGAAUAAGAAGCUGAAUACAUAAUUAACGCAUCUAGGAACACAAACAUUAAAACAGGUCAGUGACUCAGUGUAACAAUAUUUGCUAUAAAAUACUAACCCCCAAAUCCAUCCAUUUCUGAAAAUUACGGCAAAAGCAAAUGAUGUAUAUGUGACGAGGGCUUUGUCAUUAAGUUAAUAUGUGGGAUUAUGUGGUAUGCAAGUGUCACACUUGUCACAAUGUGUCCUACUUUGUCACAUUUGUCACUCUGGCACACUUGUCACACUGUGAGUGUGACAAAUAAUUGAUAAAAAAAUUCACUUUGUGUAGUUUGAUGACAUUCAAGUGCCUUGUUUAAAUGCAAGUUUGUAUUUGUAUUCACUGUUAUGAAAUAGGGUGCCAGACUCGGUACAUAUAUUUAUAUCUUUAGCAUUUGACAGCAAUUUCUUUUUUAUAUUUUAGUUGACACAUACAUUCCAAUGGUCUUAUAAUGAAUGUAUUGUAAUUCAACAUUGAUGCAGAAAAGGAUAUUUUUAACAAUGCAUGAAUUUUCAAGAUAUUUGAAAUGUUCAUGUUUGCCCUUGAACUAAAAAAAAAGAAGGAAUUACCAAAUGCAAAGAGAAAUUUAGUGUUCAAAGUAACAAAAUCUGUCCAACCUGAUUCAAUUUAAAAAUCAUAUUACUUUUGAAAUUUUUUGUAAUAAAGGUUUUUUGUGGUAGUUUCGUGGCAAGAGAUCUCACAUUUUUUUGGGGGGGAAAAAAAUGGUUGUUCUGAUGUAGGAUAUUUUUUUUUCUUGUAUCACAAGCUUUUUUUUCCAUGAAACACGGCAAAGUAAGUUUGUAAUAUUUAUAAACAAUAACUUAGGUUCCCUUGGUGCCCCAAACCACUGGUUACCGUUGAAGUGAAGUUUAGUUUGUUAAAUAUUUAGCAAUGUUUCCUUGACAUUGUAAAUGUCGCUCAAUUUAUUGCAAGUUAUGGCGGGGAAAAAAAAGGUUUCCAUUUUUUUUUUAUAUUUUAGUUUUCUAUCAGAGUACUUAUGAGUUAUGUGUUUCAGCACCUUCUGUAAAUAUUCUGUGUAUAAAUUAUAACUUAAAUGUCAAUAAUGUAAAUAUACCUGCAUUGUACAGAUGAAAGAUCGGAAUAAUCAUGUUCUUUGCUGCCAAAAUAUUCUUUGAACAAAUAAAAAAACUUCCAACAUAAUAUUCCACGGA